AUGUUGACCAAACUCCUCUCCCUGCUAGCCAUCAGCACAACCCUAGCAUCCGCCGCCUCCUACCAACUCCGCACAUACGCCCCCUCCGAACCAAAAGUCCACGACAAGCUCGUCAACGCCGAAGACGAACGCUUCUGGAUCGGCCUCGAGAGACCGACGACAUGGUGUCCGGACUUCAGCGGCGCAGCCUGCCCAGAAGGCAACACCACCGUCGUAGACGGCGUCUUUGGCAGGCUCAAGUCCAUGAUGUCCCACGGCCAACUCGUCUACCUCGACCCCUUUGGCGUAAUAAGCUACACCGCAGGCGACGCCCGCACCUGGAUGACCAUGCCUGACGGUUCCAACGUCAACUGCUUCAACACCGUCAUGAUCUGGGAUCCCGCAGACGCGACCAAGAAGCUCCGGCUGCUCAAGUUCAUUAACCUUGGCGACCCGGCCGCGUCCGCGAGGCCGUUUUUCUAUUCGUGUCCGAUUGAGGGCAAGAAGUACUCGUUUGUGAGGGUGCGGUGGACGUCGCAGCAUGAGCAUCGGGAGUGGGGUGUUGAUUGGGAUAGUCAGUGUACGGCCAUGGAGGGUUUGAUUCUUGUGGAGAGUAAGGUUGAGAUUGGGGCGUAUCAAUAUGUUUGA